AAACCAUUUUAGGUAGGAAGAAGAUUCUUUCCCCUCUUGGAAGACGACCAGCAAUACAGUAGAUGUAAUGAUGUGGUGUUCCCUGUGUGUGUGUGUCACAGGAGAGGACAAAGGCAGAGAUGGAGUGGCUGAAACUAAAGCAGCGGAGGCUGAUGAGGUAAGGGGGACGACGACAAGAUGCCGUCACUGGAGAGCAGGCGAGAGGACUCCUGAAGAAGCUGGAGGCGGAGCAGGCGGAGAUUCGCCGGCUCCAGCGGGCCCACAAGGAGGCCAGGAGAGAGAGGAGACUCUUGUUGGAGCAGCACAGAGCCAUCACACACAUGCAGUCCUCGGCGCAGUACUACCGCGAGAAACUGAGGAGGCACUCGGCACAGGACCACAUCGAGCACCCAUCCACCGCCAGCCCCUCUCAUCAUCACUCCCCCACCCUCUCUGAGGUCGCCAGUCAGGUGUCUGAGGAGGAGGUUUCCUCGCCAAUACCGUCGCAGCUGUCCUACUCUCCCUCCCCCACUCCCUCCCACCACUCGUCGUCCACCAACCGCCUUCACGCACAUCAAGAUCAACCCGGCUCUGUUACCAUGCCAACAGAGGCUGCUGAAUCCACUCCAACAAUUAUUCGCCAGCUCAGACAUAAUGAUAAUAUGUCUGGAGGUAAAGCUACAGCAGUAACUCCAAAGAAAACACACCCCACUAAGGCUCAGACCACACCCACCAGCACUACACCUGCUAAUGAGAGUGAGGUAAUCAGUGAGGUGUUAGACCACACCCCCUCCGAGGAAGUCACACCCACCAGAACUCUAAUUACUCCAACGACUCGUUUGAGCCAACUUCUCAUGACCACACCCCUUCUGUCACUGACCACGCCCUCUCUCGCCCUCUCCCUGUCUCCACCCCACCUCCAGAGGCGGAGUCAGAACCGUCAUCAGGUAUACAUGUCCUAGUAGCUGGGUGUGUAGUUGACUUGUUUGUUGUGCCUUUGCCUCUCUACCUCCCAGUCCACUUACACAUACACUAUACAUGUACACAUUGCUAGCUCCUCUCUGACAGGAUAGGUAUAACAGUCUUUUAAAACACGCGAUCUAAUCUUGCAUGCUGCAUGUACAUUUACAUUAGAUAAAGCUUUCACGUCAGAAAUUGUGAGAGUAAUUUUUGCAAAGACACCAGGAAACUGUGUUUACGAUGCUUUUUCGCACAGUUUAUUUUGAGCAACUUCCGAUAUGUUUUAGUAUGUAGCUAGCCAUGAGAAACGAGGCACCACGGUCUCUGUUGUCUCCAGAGUGGACUAGUGGAGUGGGCUCACUGGAGGAGAGGAUCGGUGCACUGAGGCAGGAGCUGGAGAGAGGAGGGAGGAGGUGAGGAAGGCCAGGGGGGAGCAGCGAGAGAGAAAGAGGGCCCUACUCAAGGACGAGGAAAACAGACUUCGCAGCAGACUUGAAGUGAGAGACACCGUUACUGAUCUAUCAUGAUCGGCGUCAAUUCAGAUUGUCUUGUUUUUUGAUUUUGUUAUUUACUGGUUUUCAU